AUGUCUGAUCCCAGAGGUAAGGUACUCGAAUCCGUUGAUAGUAAGACCCUAGAACUUACUCUUUUACCAGGCAGCGAUGACCCCUUCACUGAAACACAUAAACGACAUUUGAGUGGCUAUUCCCAUGGCAUGGCCUCCCCUCUUUACGACAGUUCUACCGGUCAUGGAAUUGAUAGGAUUCAGUCGAAGGACAUAGUGGCACUAAUGGAUCAUCUCACCGUUCGUGACGCCCAGCGAAAUGCUCGAGAUACAGAAAUCCUGGUGACUCUUGUGCGGAGUGCAGCGGAAAUGCGUAAUUCCUUCGAGAACAUGAAAAAAUUCAUUGCCCAGCAAGAUGAAAUGAUGAUAGAUGCGAAUGUAAAACAACAUGAUCGUACUCAAAAGGUCGUUGGUGGACCUCGACCUCAGCCGCUUGGCAUUGCACGAACCCCCCGUCACACUACUGCCGACGAAGAUGUUGAGCGAUCAAAGAGAAAAGGCGUUUUUAAACGGGCGUUGAAGGGUUUGAGUCUCAAAGGGUCGAAUGAUCUCACCAGGGUCGAAGACAUGCUUGUUCAUCUACUCCUCGAAGUGGAGGCUUUAAGAGCCUCUCAAGAGGGCCGGAGCCUGGGCACUGGAGUUGCCAACUCCAAAGAAAAUUUCCAUGAACCUGGUCAAGAUGGAUAUGAGCCUGAAGGUCAAACUGGCACUUCGUCAACAGGAGGGGGCGACAAGUCUGGCUUUUCGAAUUCCCCUCGCUUGGCUGGAGAUAUGAAAGCUGCAAGCAAUCGGCGUGGAUCGGACCACCGAAUCAGUCCAGUCAUGGAGGGUGACGAAGGCUUGGAGCCAUUAACAGCCGAUGAGCAAGAUUUGCUGGACCAGCAAGCAGCUACUGACGCUCAGCUCAUGGGCCACCCUAAAAGGGGCGGCUCUGCUCCUCUGGGCACUCCUCCACGAGUUCCUCUCGCAUCUGGGGCGCUGAGCACAGACACGACCCCUAAAAUGUCCAACGACAAGUCUCGAAAACACAAAUCAAGCAGUUCGUCGUUUUUCCCAAAAAUUUCCCGGUGGUCGAAAACAACUGCUUCGUCAAUGGGCGAAAACAUCCGCAAUAGCAUCCAAACUAGCCGCAAGGACCGAUACUCCUCAGAGAUUUCCCGAUCUGGUUCGGAUUUGGAACAGGAUGGAUAUAAUACUAAUGACUAUUACGACCCACACGGCGACGACAGAUUACGGUCAAAUAUUAGUUUAGACCAACGGCAGGAGAACCGUCCCCCUUCCCCUCUGGUACCAUCGCAGCUUUCAGAAUAUCCGAAAUACCAGGCGCAUAGGGAUAGUCUGAAUCUGCAGCAUCCACAACCGCGCCAGGGACCCACAGAUCGUUACCAAUCCCAGCUGGAAUCGCAAGCACAAACCUUUAUACCCCCAGUAGUUCUCAACUCCGAUGGCUGGGCAUCCAAUGCUAGCCUGGGACGGAUGACCCCGAAUAGAAAAGCGUCUGGUUCGGAUGGUGGAUAUUCCGAUAAGUCAUCAACUUCUGGCAGACGAAAUGCCCCUCAACGCCCUCCAAAGAUCAAAGAUGAAGGACCCUUAGUUCCCCAAAGACCGCCGCAAGGAAAAAGGGAUGGACAGCUCACAUAUGCAGAACGUAUGGCUUCUCGUGGUUCGCGCCACUCAAACUACGAUCCUGCCAAUGGAUCACCUAUUAGGUCGUCACCUAAGAACAACGCUCCUCAGCGAAAGCCCACGGGCCCGCGCCCUAUCAGCAGCUCUGGAUACCCUAAGCGACACUAA